UAACGCCCGCGCCUGAGUGUAAACUGAUAUGGCGUCCUCGUCAAUGGAAAACAACGAAGGAGCAAAUGAGCUGAAUGAUAAAGACACUCAAGGGAUAGGGCUGGGAGAUGAUGUGAUAUUCAAAGAGACAAUGGAACCAAUGCUUACUGACAAUCCAAAUGAAUUUCUAUCUUCAGCAGUAGCAGAUCAAGAUCCACUGGUAUCAGUGGUUGGAAACUCGAGUGGUAAUGCAGACUCUGCUGAAAUGUUAGGUUUUUAUGGUGAGGAAGAAGUGAGGUAUGAUGAAACCUCAAGUGCAAGUCCUAACAUUGACCCUGGAACAGCAUCGACCAAUCCUGUGGUAACGACCGUGCCACCUGCUGAAGGAGAUUUGGUACCAAAUGAAUCAUCAAAUUUACCUGAUGCAGCUCCAAUAAUGGGCACCUGUGAAUUCUGUGGCUUCUUUGGUGUCAAAGAGCAAUUCUUCUCCAAAUCAAAGAGGUUUUGCAAAGUGGAAUGUGCUAAAAAGUACUCCGCAUCAAACAUUAAGAAAAGGAAAACAGAUAGAAUUACGCCCACUAAGAAAAGGACGGUUAGAAAACCAACUCCAAGUAAAAAGAUUAAGACAGACGUAUCUUUGAUAAAGCCCCCAAGAAUCGAUGAUGUUGUCAUGGUGGACAACUGGCAAAAGAAAAGUUUUAUUUGGGACGAAUAUUUAAAAAAUUGUAAUGGAAAGGCAGCUCCUGCCAUAUGUUUUAGACACGCUCAAGUAAUGUCGUGUUUAAAAGACGUCCAUAUUGGUAUGAAAGUGGAAGUGAUUAACAACGGGGUCGAAACUUUUAAUAAUGCCGAGAAUACGACGUUCUGGGUCGCUUCGGUUAUUAAAUUCAAGCACUUCAAGACGUUGCUAAGAUACGAAGGUUAUGACGAAGGCGACAACGCGGAUUUUUGGUUUGACCUUCGAUGUCGAGAUAUUCAUCCAGUUGGUUGGUGUGCAAGAAUUAAUAAGCCCCUAAUACCACCUCAAGAAAUCAAAACUAGGAUAACUGAUUGGCAGGAGUAUCUAUUCCGAAGACUGUCCGGUGCGAAGACGUUUUCAGCGGAAUUUCUACAAAAGGUACAGGAGAUACCUCACAAUCGUUUCAAAGUUGGAAUGAAAGUUGAAGUGGCGGAUCGUAAGAACCUGUAUUCCGUCAUGUGUGUAGCGACUGUGGUUGAUGUCGUUGGUGAUCGUCUUCGUUUACGUUAUGAUGGCUUAGAUCCAGAGAUCGCGGAGGAUUUUUGGUGCCAUUAUUAUUCCACUGAUAUCCAUCCAGUUGGAUGGUCAUCUCUCGUCGGUCAUCAGCUGAGGCCACCGAUAGGGUGGAAAAACAGCAUUUCAGAAUGGAACAAACUUAUUGAGAAAAUCCUCGCACAAGACCGAGACGCACCGCAGGAAAUCUUCUCUGAGGACGCGACAGGCACAGCACAAGGCCCAUAUGCGUUUGAAAUAGGCAUGAAAUUCGAAGGUAUCAAUCCCUAUGUACCCAACCAGAUCUGCGUGCUCACAGUGAUCAAGGAACUCAAAUAUAACUACUUCAUCGCUGGCAUCGACUCGCAAGCGGCGUAUUUCUGCUUUCACGCCAACUCACGGAACAUUUUCCCGCCAGGAUGGUGUGAAGCAUAUGGCAUUGAACUUACGCCGCCAAGAGAUUAUCCGAAGAAACCAUUUGACUGGGAUAGUUACUGUAAGAACACCAAUGGACGAAAGGCUCCCUCGUAUCUUUUUCAACCUCAUCGUGCGGACAAUCCCUUCAAAAAGGGAAUGAAGUUGGAAGCAGUUGAUUUACGUGAGCCGGCGCUAGUGUGUCCAGCAACCGUGGUGGAUGUACGUGGUCCUCUAUUAAAGAUCCAUUUCGAUGGUUGGGAUGUGACGUAUGAUCAGUUCCUUGAUAUGGACUCGCUUGAUCUUUUUCCAGUUGGAUAUUGUGAAAUAACUGGUCAUCCUCUACAACCUCCGGGACCAAGACCUGACCCGUAUACACAGCCUGGUUAUCAAUACGAGGAUCCACACAUGAAAGGUAUUCCAGGAAAUAAUCUUACAACGACGCCUUCUAAAAUGAACAAACCUUUAAAGCCAGAACAGGCGAUCAAGUCUAAGCCAGUGAAACCUCCACUGCAUCCUGAAAGCAUGUACUUUGUGAACAGAAGAUGCUGUUGCGGUCCAUUUUUAAACGCUGCGAAGCUCCUCAAGCUUCCCGACACAGUCAAGGGUGUUUUAGGGGGAUCAGACAAAAACAACAUCGCACGAAAAUGCCUGCAGCUUCUGGUAUCCGCGAGCGAAAAUCCUAAAAGUAUUCUUGAACUGUUUUGCCACGAAUUCUACCAAAGCAAGAAGCACAUCGAUCUAGAUUUGGCCGCUACGGUGUGCAUUGAAAUAAAAACGAAAAACGACAAACGGAUCAUGCGACGUGUGAAGAUCGCUUCGAAAGCCGACACGAUACGGCCGAACAUCGAACGCGCAUGUCAGUUGCUAGGUUGUUGCCAGAACGUAUUUGCAAACGUGAAAUACCCCACGGAACAAUGCGAUGAAUGUCGCAUGAAACAAACUAGCGAGUUAGACGCGAAUUAUACAGACAUCACUCAGCAGCCAUUGAGCAUGCCCAGUAGCGAACCCGUAUGACCCUCUGCGACUGCGCGCUAUAUCCAUCUUUAGCUAACUGAAGAUCUCGCAAUUUCCAUGUAAAUACGUUAUUACAUUAUGAUUUAAUGACCCGACCGCGGAAGAAAGGGAAACUCGAUUGUGUACAUAUAUGCGCAUGAAUAAUGUGUUAAAAAAUAGGGCGUGUCCCUUAUGCGUUCUACUUGUAGUAUUUUCAUGCUAAUGUGUGAUUCUAUUUUUGUCUCAAAACACAAAUGAGAAAACAUACACCAGCUUGAAAUUUCGUUAUAGUAGAAUAAUAAAUGUCAUUUAUUGAA